GAUUUUAUGUCAUCCAAGAAGUGUUUUACGAAGACUCAAUGUGAUGAGGGUGCCAAAGUCCUCAAAUCAAUUCAUAAUGCCCAGCUUCUUGUGCAGAAGACAGUUGCAGAUCUGGAUUUUGUGCGUAUUCCAACAGAGAACAUAUCAAAGAACGUCAUCACUACCAACCCACUGAUCAGUGUCACUGAUUUCAUUGAG